UAUUGUUUUCAUUUUGUUGGAUAUUGACUAUUAAUCUGUUUUUCGCAUUAAUUACGCUGAUCAUUAAAUUAGUAACAAUAUAUUAUUCAAAUACUUAAUACUGAAUAAGGCGUUAAUAUAUCAACUUUACGCACCAAUCACCAUGACUUCAACAAUGCCUAAUGAUACAAAUGAAGAACGUCGUCGUAGAGUACUGCUAGGUCCUCUUCCAGCAGGUUUUCUUCGUGCUGAUGCUACUUCUGACGGUGUGGACUCUGAUUAUGAAGCUGCACUUGCUUUACAACAACAGCUAUAUGGUGCUGCAGUACCACAAAGUGGCCCUCCAAUGACAGCGAGACUAAGUGUCACUAUAGCUCAAGCUAAGCUUGUUAAAAAUUAUGGACUAACUCGUAUGGACCCGUAUGUUCGUGUGCGUGUUGGACAUUGUAUAUACGAGACUCACACUGAUCCGAGCGGCGGGAAGACUCCGAGAUGGAACAAGGUCAUUCACUGUCUCCUACCACCCGGUGUGAAUACAAUAUAUUUGGAGAUCUUUGACGAGUGCUCAUUUACAAUGGACGAGCUGAUUGCUUGGACCCACAUCACUAUACCGCAGGCCGUUUUGAAUGGUGAAACUCACGAAGACUGGUACCCCCUGAAUGGAAAACAAGGGGACGGCUUGGAAGGGAUGAUCAAUCUUGUAAUGAGUUAUUCAGUCGGUCCGGCGGCGGUAGCCUCGUUCCCGCCGGUGUUGGUGGUGCCGAGCACCGGCAUGGGGUACGCCGCCAUGCCCGUGUACCCCGCCCCUCAGGCGCCGCACCCACCCCCCGCUCAGCCCACACAGCCGCCCGUCACCGCCGAGCAGUUGCAGCAGAUUGAAGAAAUGUUCCCGAGCAUGGACAAGGAGGUCAUCAAGUCGGUUCUGGAAGCAAACGGUGGCAACAAAGACGCCACCAUCAAUUCGCUACUUCAAAUGUCGGAAUAAACUUAAAUUAUAUUCCGUAUAUAUUUAAUGGUAUCUAAAAUUCGCGAAUCAUAGUGAAAGAAUAUUUUUCGUAAUAAUAAAUUGUAAAGUUUUUAAACAUUCACUACACCGGUUAAAAUUUGAGCAUAUAAACAUUUAUAGAAUAAAUUUUCAAGUAUAUUUUAAAUCUUUUUCAAAUUCUUUUACUAUGAUUCUUAACGCUAUCUAUGGAUAUAAAAGUUAACGCGCGUAUUUUCACAUGACACAUAAAAACAUGCUUUAUUUUAUAUAAUGGAAGAAAAAUGUUUAUAAUUACUAAGAAAUUAUAUUUGAAUACGCUUUAUUGAUGACCUCUAGUUAGCCAGAUGUCACAUUACACAAGUGCUCUCGUUGUUGCUACGUUUUAUAAUACAAUUUAUUGUAAUUUAUACUAAUAAAAAUAAUAGCUAAUGUUUUACAGAUUGAAAAUAAUUAAGAGCUAAGCGAUAAUUAAAUCUCGCCUUUAUUUCAUGAACGUGACGGUCGUCAGGACCACAAAAACUAAAGAUUCGAAGUUCCGGAAUUUGAUUAAUUAAGUUUUUAAUAAUUUAAUUACUUAAAGCGAGAAUACUGGUGUCUAUAAUAUCUUCUGACAACAGGCUCAGAUUAUGUCAACACUCAACAAUAUUGUAAGUCCAAAUAUGUAGAAGAAAAACUACAUAAUUGUAGUUAAAAAAUCCAUUUUUACGAAAUUCAUUUAUUUAAAAUUAUAAGACAAUUUGUAUCAUAGACUUCAUUCCUAGUAAGACUUAAAUAGUUAACUUGGUAUAAAAAAAAAUAUUACUGCGCUAAUGUAAUAGAUGUAAAUUUUUUUGUGAAUAAAGAAAAAUCAAAUUGUACAAAAUAUAAGUAAAUUGAUUAACCGUAGUAUUCUGAUGCAACAAUUCACCCUGCUUUAAAGUAGUAGUCAACAAAUAAAAUAGUUUGAGAUAUUAUUAACGUAGUACAAUGGUAACAUUGCUGCAAUUAUAUUUAAAUUACACUGGUAACCCUAAACUUUAUAUUAUAUCUGUGGUGCGUCGGUGAGGGGGAAUGCAGUAUUUCAAUAUUGCAUCGAUCUCACAAUUAACUUAAAAUAUACCUAUAUAUGUUUGAAACAGAAAAUUUAAGCAAACAAAGCUGGAUCAGUUUUAAAAUUUAUAUAAGUAAAAAUAAGACUGCACUCGUAUGUAGUUUUAGUGGUUGAUAAUCACACCAAUAUAUUUCAAUAGAUCAAAAUAAAUAUUGGAUUUUAUUGCGUAAAAUGAACUGAUCUCGCUUUUGAUUUAUAUUAAUGUCCCCCUAUUUAUUAGUUUGCUCAACUUUUAUUUAUUAUGUACAGCAUAAGUGCAUACAUUGAUUGUUUUAUUUUAUACAUUAUAUUACAAUUUUGGCACUAAGGUAUCUAAAUGAAAUGAAAUCUAUUAUUUGCUAUGUUCUUAGUUGAAGAUAUUGCCUUAUAUUUUUGUCUAAAUUCCGGUAUUCACUAACCAAUGAGCUAGUGAAAAAAAUAUCAAUAAUUACAACACCAAUACAUGAUCAUGUUUAUUGAAAUGCAGACUUGUUCGUAUGCAGGAAGCUUUCAGCUACAUCUUGUGCCAAAUGAUUUGCCAUCGACGCGACGUUAUGCUUACUGUAUUAUUAUUAUUGUUGUUAUAUUUAUUUUCAAUUUUUACAUUUUAUUACAAAUACAAUAUUAAUUAAGUAAA